UGGAACCUGAUGUCUGGCAGUUACAGGCAGAGGGUACUCAGUUACUGCCCUGGGGCCCUUAACUGCAAAGCAGCCAGCAUCACAUGUCCAGGCCAGGGUACCAGAGACACAGGGACAUCUUUGCAACUGACAGGGUGAUCCAAAAAUGGAGAAAGACAGGCCCCCACAGUUGAUGACCCCUGCAUCGGUGAAAGCCAUCAUCUCAAGGAUUGAGGCUGCCCAACUAACACGAGCUCAGGAGGAUAUUUCUUCCCAGCUCUCAGACAUCUUGGACAACGUCAACUGUGUCAUCAACCGCUUCCAGGAAGAAUUAGGAUAUGAUUUAAGAGAAAAGGCAAAAUCUGACCAGAUAGAGCAAAAGGGCAAGAACAGAUUCAUCUUGCUGGAGAAAAUUGCCUCCUUCUCCAAAGAUGCUAAGACCAAAGAGAAGCACUUGUAUGAAAUUCUCCGCUGGUUGGGGGACUGGGGUGACAGUCUGACCUAUGAGCUCAGGAACAGGAAGGGUAAGGAGGAAGAGGAAGCUCUGGAUGAAUGGAUCAAUGUGAUGGAAAAGGUGUUACCUCUCUCCCUCAUUGCCACCAAAGGAGGCAUCGAGUCUCUCAUUUCCCUUUGCUCUACUCUCAUUGAAGGACAAAAGAAAAGGACACAAAUAUCCAAACACACCUUCUGGCAGAACUGGUGGGAACAAAGCCCCCCCAAAUCUACAUCCUACCCUCAGCCACUGAGCCCAGAGCAGAUGCUCCAGGACAAGCACACUACCUGCAUGAAGGUCUCUGAGGUGAAGUCCAUGCUGCAGGAGCUCCUGGACUCCACCAUGUUCAACCAGGGGGAGGUCAGAGCCAUCAGGUACAUGUCUGCCGUGGUGGAGAACCUCAACAAGGCCUUGACCCUCCAGCACAAGGAACACAGUAACCUAGAGACCAAAUAUAGGAACCUGAAAAUAGAGAUGACCCAGGAACUGAGCAGCCAGCGGCUCUAUUUCCAGAAUUCCCUCCAAGUUCUCCAGACCAAGAGGGAUGCCCUACUAAAGCAGGUAGAGAUUCUAGGGGGGAAAUACCAUGACCUUCUCCUGAUCAAGCACUCCUUAGAGUUCCAGCUGAAGAAGGCACAGUCUGCUAGAAACCAGGCAGAAGAAGUGGCUGCAAUCUUGGUUGACUCCCGGGGGCCCCCUGAGAAAGAGACCCUCCCAAAGAAAGAAAGCAUCACGGAGGAGACCCAACAGGAAUCCAAGAAGGAGGAGUUGUUUUUGUCCCUGCCCCCAGGUUCCAUGGCCACAGCCUGGGACAGUGAUCCUAGGCCUUCAGCGUCUCAGCUACUUUCCAUCAUGACCAUGCAGUCUAGGAUUGCAGAUGUGUACAGCAGCAAGGACACUGAGCAUCUCCAGUCCAUGUUGCCAUCCUCCGUGGAUCACAGGUUUCCUAAGAAAUGGGAAAGACCCGUGGCAGAGAGCCCAGGCCACCAAGUCAAAGACCAGACAGACUUCCAGAAAGCAUCCCAGGAGAAGGAAGGCCUCCAAAUGAAGUCUCAUUCAAGGAUGCAGCUGUCCCCAGAGAGCUCUGAGAAGGUGGGCUUGGAGAGCAAGGUGGAGCGCAGGGAAGAGGAACUCAGCUGGGAGAGGCAGAGGCAGCAGUGGCUGGAGGAGCAGGAGAUGUGGCUACAGCGGCAGAAGAAAUGGGCCCUGCUGGAGCAGGAGCACCAGGAGAAGCUGCAUCAGUGGGAGGUGGAAGAGGCACUGAGAGAGCAGCAGCAGAGGUUGGGCCAGCAGGAGAAAGAGCAAGGGGGCCCACGGAGAGAGACGGGGCAGCCAGGGGAGCACGUGGACAGGGUGCUCUUCAUGACCACCAGGCACUGGAGGGACUUGGAGAAGGCAUCCCUGGCGCCUCCCCCAAGCCGGGCCCAGUCUGCUCACCCAGGCGGGAGGCCACACUUGUCCCCCAGGGCCCAGCAGCCGGCCCCCAGAAACCAGAGGAACCUGAGUUCCGCCAAGUCUGCCCAGAAACCACGGGCCUGCCAGGUUCCUACCAAACCCAAGAAAUUAGCCUCCUUCCCUGUCUCAGGGACAUCCAUCCAAAAGGUGUCCCGGCCUCCUUUGCACGUAUCCCCAGUAACUCUUAAGGGGAAAGUAUACCGCAUGGACGUGGAAGCCCAGAGGAAGAACCUGCAGCUCCUGAGUGAGGAGGCUGAGCUGGGGCUGCCCCACUACCUGCGCAGCAAGGCGCUGGAGCUCACCACCACCACCAUGGAGCUGAGCAUGCUCCGGCUGCAGUGCCUGUGCCAUAGGUACAUCCUCUACAGGCGCUUCCAGCACCUCCGACAGGAAGUGAUCAACCACAUACAAGUCAUCCGAGAAACAGGGACUACCUACAAGGCCCAGAACCUCUAUGUCUUCCUCGAAAACAUCGACAAUCUGCAGAACUUCUGGCUGCAGGCCUGGACAGACAAGCAGAAGGAAGUGGAGGAGAAGCACCGAGAGUGCCUGAGCAGCAUGGUGACCAUGUUCCCCAAGCUCCAGCUGGAGUGGAAUGUUCAUCUGCACACUCCUGUGGUCACCAACCCAAAGUCAAGGAAAAGCAAACCACCCCCGUCCUAUCUCCAGCACACGCACUCCUGUAAUCCCUCCUGCAAGCAGUCCCCAGAGCACUUCCCAUCCAAGCACUGGGAAUAUGUGCCCCUGCGCAUGGCCCGCCAUCAGGAGAACCAGAUGGAGGCCGUCUGGAAGACUGAUGUGGCCUCCUCCAGUCACCCGAUAGAAAAGAAGACUCCCCCCAGCCUGCUCUGGGACCAGCUAGGAGGGUACCCAGAUAUUCCCCGGCUGUUGGCCUUGGAUGUGCAUUCAUCCUUCCAAAAAAGCUUAAGGUCCCUCAAGGGUGUCUUGACAGCUAAAGGAAAGGAACACCAGGAAGCCCCAGAUGAGUCAGCCAAGCUUGUCUGUAAAAAGUCAAAUGAGUCCUUUCCUGGAGCCCUAAAAAGCCAGAAGGAUCAAGACAAUCUCAGUCCCCACUCCCUCCCUUAGUCAGUGAUUCUCAAACUUCAGGGUGACUAAAAAUCACAUGGGAACUUGUUUCAAAUGCAGGUUUCCAGCUGGUGUUUUUAAACAAACAUCCUGGGUAUUGCUAAGUAGCCCUAGAACUUUGAGAAACGCUCCUUUCCCCCUUAAGUCUCCAAAAUGUACGUUUUUAAUAAAAUAGAGAUGUGUUAUUUUUAAA